UAAAUCUGAUCGGUCGGGACUGAUUGCCCACACUGUCAUUUUGGAAGUGAUGAAUCAAGUCCAUUUGUUCAGACAUUGCAGUCAACAUCUAGUAUAUCUACAUAGGUUGCCAUAGUAAUGGCAAAAGCCAAGAACAAUGCCAAGAGACUGAUGUACAGUAGCCGUCAGUUUGGAAAAGGAGAAAGGAAAACUGUUCAUGACAUUUUGUCUUGGAACGUUUGAAAUACAUCAGACAAUACAUUCUGUUGUUAAAUUAAGGUAUUUAAGCAGCUUUUAUAAAAAUUACUUGUAAAAAUGUUGCAGGUGUUCAUCUUGAGAACCAUCUUGUCAAGUUCUUCCACACUGACUCAGUCAAUCAUUUCUUUUUAAAUCUUGCUUUCUAGCAUUGUCAUGUUAGAAUAGAAAAAGUGUCCUGUUAGAAGCACACAAUUCCCUAGAGUAUCGUUAUAUGCAUAAAUAUUAUGGUUUGCACUCAUGGAAAUUACUAAAGUAGUCACGUCUGUUGAUCAGAGGGGGUGACUCAAUACUGAUGGCAAUAUAGUGUACAUUGGAAUAAAUGGAAGUAUAGAAAAACGCAGACUCGUUCUCAGCAUUGCGCUUCACACAGAUAUGAAUUCACCAACCCGCAGCAUCAACAUCAGUAUCAGCAUCUAUUUCAAUAUGUAUCAGGCAUAAAAUGUAAUUAAAUUGAGCCGAUUGUCCUGGCAUUUUGGGUAACACAACAAAUAAUCUAUUCCGGAAGUUUUGGUGAUGCCACGAAAUUAUCCACACAGAAAUAGAAAACCUAUUUUUAUAAUUUUUCUGUCUAUCACAGCUAUUUAGUACCAUAUCUGUGUAAUUCUCUUGCUGACGCUAACUCUCCUGGGUUUUCUGCAACCAUGAUGCGUGUGCAUCUCGGAAGUGGUCUAUACAUACACUUUCCAGCUAAAAUGAACCAUUUAAGCAGUGAAACAUUUGUAAAUUUUGUACAUACUCUACGUUUUGCUGGGGUUUUUAAAGAUUAAAUAUCUGGUAAGUGGCGCUGAAACAUGUAGCCAAAUUUUCCCUCCAUUGGGACAGAGACAUCUUGCAGUGUUUUUAUUAUGUUUCUUCAGGCAUGUAUUGUGGUGGUUCAGAAUUCAAAUGUCCGGGGAGUGUCGCUAAUAGGCUAAUGCUCUUUUGUAUUGGAAAAUAACAAACCCCCUACAAAAUGCAUUCUAAGGAUUUUUUUUAUGAUGGAUGAAAGUUUUGGACGCGUGAAGGACACAACUGGAGGUUGUAUUUUUUCUUGAACGUGGGAAAAUUUCAGUUUGCAAUGACCUCAAGGCUUAUUUCAUCAAAACUUUGACCCUGUAAAUCAUACUUUGUGUUAAAAAGACUAAAAAGAACUUGCAGAAUUUCUGUCUCUCCCAGCAUUACCAAAAUAUUUUGUGAAGUAAGAAUAGAAGCACAUUGUAAUAUAAUUGAAGUAUAAUUGCCAGUGUAAUUGAAGAAAGUGCAGAAGUGUAAUGCUAAGCUAACAGUUAGAUGGGAAUCUGCUCUCAUAUUAACACCAGACACUGUAAUCAGCAGUAUUCUGUUUUAAAAUUAGAUCCCACAAUAAGCUUGUCAAGACAUUCUGUUCUUUUUUUUCUCCAACACACAUUGUAAUUGUUAACAACCUAGUGAUUAGCAUCUCUCCUGUGCGCUAAUGUGUUUCCCAAAUGGAAAUUAUGGGCUUCCUAAUGUGGCCAUCUCAGGUUGUGUCCUCUUCCAUCUGUGGUGACAAUGAUGCAGAAAUGAAAAAAAAAAAAAACGAAACAGUGACAUCAUCACCAUCAUCAUGGUCAUACAAGAAAGAGGAUUCCUUUUUUAACAGGAUCGAUUUUUCCCCUCGACUGGAUGUGAGGCAUGGUUUUGACAUUUACAGUGAGAGCAGAAUAGAUGAUAGAGAUGAAAUAAGAGGAAUACAGAUUAGUAUUCCAGAGCGAGCAGGGGCCAGUGGCAGUCGAGAAUCCUGAAUCCGGCAUCCGGCUCCAUGUUUUGCCGUGUGCCAGUGGAGUCCGUGGAAGAUGCCGAGAUCGCUGCAGAGGAGCUCUAAACGCACAGCUUAACACCAGCGCUGGGGAGAUCGGCUCUCCUCUCCUCUCCACUCCUCUGCUCUUGGGGAGGCGACGGGAAAGAGAGACAGUAGAGAGAGAGAGAGAGAGAGAGAGAGAGAGAGAGAGAGGGGAACAACCAGAAAAACGGGAAAAGAUAGAGUAGCUAGGUUUUUUUUUGUUUUUUCCAGGCUGCUCGGACUAUCUGCCCGUGUGUGUGAAUUUUCCUGACUCUCUCUCUCUCAUAACUGUCUUCUGGUUUUCCGGGAUGGUUUGAAGAAGACUUGUAUGUGAUGCUUCCUGCACAGAGACCAGCAGUAUUCGCCCUGGUCACCAUCCCGAGAUUUCAAUGAGGAUAGUAGCCUCGCUCCACCCAGGAACAUGAAGGGCUUAUCAGGUGGUCGUGCACCGCACCAGAUUCCCACACUGCCCCCGUGUGGACUGGCGGAGUGCGAGCAUCUUCAUGACCUGCAUGGCAUGCACGUGACGGAUCUGCGCCACUCCUACCUGCUCAGCCCCACGGAGACCUGCGCCAUGGACUUCCAUCAUCGGCUCUCCCCCCGCAGCUCCAUUCACUCCGAUUGCAUGAUCAUGUCACCCGUGGCGCUCACUUCCACUGCCCCCGCCGACCACGUCUCCAGCAGCACCUUUCCCAGAAUGCACUACAGUUCGCAGUACUAUGACCCAGCUGCCCGGGAAGACUGUGCAGCCAUCACCACCUCAGCCACAUCCGCUGCCGUCGCUGCUGCAACAUCUGCCUCUCACCACGUCAGCAGCAAGAGCAACCGCAUCCCCGCAAACCUGCUGGACCAGUUCGAAAAACAGCUUCCGCUUCAUCGUGACGGCUUCCACACGCUCCAGUACCAACGCACAUCUGCCGCCGCUGGUGGGGAGCAGCGCAGCGAGAGCCCCGGUCGCAUCCGACACCUGGUGCACUCCGUCCAGAAGCUCUUCACCAAGUCCCACUCACUGGAGGGAUCGUCUAAGAUGAAUGGCACCAAAGGUGAGAGUGGAGGCGGGGGAAGCCAUCACCAUCACCAUGGCAAUCAUCACUCAUCCAAGCAUGGCAGCAAGCGCAGUAAAAGCAAGGAGCGUAGGCACCGGUCUGGGACAGGGGGCUGGUGGAGCUCGGAUGACAACCUAGACAGCGACAGCACCUACCGUACGGCCAGCGCCUUGAGCCGCCACCACCAUGAGCAUGUCGGUCACAGUUUCCCAGAAUCCAUGCACACUCACUUUGGAGACCACUCUCUCAAAACCUCCAAAAGCAACAAUGACGUCAAGUGUUCGGCCUGCGAGGGUCUGUCCAUGGCACCUGAGGGGAAGUUCAUGAAGAGGAGCUCCUGGUCAACACUUACCGUCAGCCAGGCCAAAGAGGCCUACCGAAAGUCCUCCCUAAACCUAGAGAAGCCCAUGAUGCAUCAGGACCUUAAACCAUCAUUCCGGUCCUCACACUACCUACAGGUGCCUCAGGAUGAGUGGGGGGGUUAUCCAGGGAUUGAGAGGGACGAGGAGAUCCCGUGCCGUCGGAUGCGUAGCAGUAGUUACGUCAAAGCCAUGGGAGACGAUGAUAGCGGUGAGUCCGAUACCAGCCCCAAGACGUCGCCUCAGAAGACUGUGCGUUCCGAUGCCCUUGUCCUUAAAUCAGCCAUGCAGAGGCCACAUAUAGACACCCAAAGCUCUGGCUACCACUUGCAAACAACAAGAGAUAUGCGCCCUCACCCCAGCGUGUCUCUGGACCCAGCAACCAACUUCAACCCUCCACAGUUUCGCUCCAGAAACCAGAGCUACAUGCGUGCAGUCAGUACCUUCAGUCAGGCAAGCUGUGUCAGCCAGGUGAGUGAGACUGAGGUCAAUGGCCAGUUUGAGUCAGUUUGCGAGUCCGUUUUUAGCGAAGUAGAAUCCCAGGCCGUGGAGGCCUUGGACCUGCCCGGCUCUUUCCGCACUCGAAGCCACAGUUACCUGCGUGCAAUUCAGGCUGGGUAUUCCCAAGAUGACGACUGCUUGCCUUCAAUGACAUCUUCUACUGUCACUUCAACUCUCAGAUCCACAACAGGGGCCCGUAGCUUAGCUGGGGGGCGUAGAAUGUACGGGAUCCAGUUUCGUCUCCCUACUGCCUGUAGUGUGGAUCGAACAGAAACCCCCACGCCAGCGGUAGUGACAUAUACACCUGACUACAAGAAGACCCCUCCACCUGUUCCUCCUCGUUCCACCACUAAGCCGCUGAUUUCUGUAACGGCCCAGAGCAGCACGGAGUCGACGCAGGACGCGUACCACGAGGGUCGGCCGUCGCGGGGAGGGCUCGGGGCGCCGGAUAGCCUCGGCCGGGUUAUCUAUAACUCCACCGACAGUCUGGAUAGCGCAAAAGCGGUGACCCUGGCGAUGGAAACCGCAUCCAAGCGCCUGGCUUCUGCCGGGAGCUACAGCUCCGUUCAGACCUGCGAUAAGGCCAUCCUGGUGUCCAAAGCAGAGGAAUACCUCAAGACUCCCCGCUCUUCCAUCGGGAUACAGGUGGAAGCGGCCACAGAUUCUGAGACAGAUAGUAAAGGUCUCCCACAGUAUCAGUCUGUGGGUAUCCAGGUGGAGGAUGAGAAGAGACUUGGCCGCUUUAAACGGUCCAACAGUGUGACGACGGCAGUUCAGGCCGAUUUGGAGCUGGAGGGGUUUCCUUCGACCGAAGACAAAAGUCUGCAGUUUGGAGGAUUUCAGAGGCAUUCUGAGCCCAGUACUCCCACACAGUACAACGUGGUUCGGACCGUGCGCACACAGGGCCUUUUUAGCUACCGUGAGGAUUACAGGCCCUCCAGCGGUCCGCCCAGUCCGCAGCCCGAGCCCUGGCUGGUGGAGCCCGUUCACGAAGCAGCCGAGUCCGGCCGCGUGUCGCCUCUCCGCCGCGACGGAAGCUGGUUCAUGCAGCUUCUCCACAGCGAGACUAAACGGUUGGAGGGAUGGUGCAAAGACAUGGAGCGUGAGGCGGAGGAGCACGACCUGUCGGAGGAGAUUCUUGGGAAGAUCCGGAGUGCUGUGGGCAGUGCUCACCUCCUCAUGUCCCAGAAAUUCCAGCAAUUUUACUGGUUGUGUCAGCAAAAUCUGGACCCCAGCGCUAUGCCCCGCCCCACGGCUCAGGACCUGGCUGGCUUCUGGGAUCUCCUGCAGCUCUCCAUCGAUGAUGUCACUGCCAAGUUUGAUGAGCUGCAGCAAAUCAAGAGUAAUGAGUGGAGGAUAGUGGAGAGUCCAGAGAAGAAGGAAAGAAAAUGGCCGCCUCCCAUUACAAAGAGGCCUCCUAAAGGUCGUGGAGCUAUGAUGCGUGAGCGAUCCCUGGAUCUGCAGGACCGACAGAGGCAAGAGGCCCGCCGCAGGCUCCUGGCUGCAAAACGGGCUGCUUCUUUCCGCCAGAGCUCCGUUACAGAGCGGGCCGACAGCAUAGAGAUCUACAUCCCUGAAGCCCAAACCCGUUUAUGAAACACACAUAUACUAUGCCUCACCAGUGCGCUUCACCAACAGGGUACAUCCAUUCUGCUCCAUGUCGCCGCUGCACCCGUUCACAUUCUCCCAUCUGUUACAAGUACUCUUCCUCUGCUCAUCAUCUACUCCGAGCUGAGAAUAGUGGUGAGUUUAUAUAUGCCUCAAACAGAGCUCAAUGCAAAAAGGUCAUGGCAGUCUGCGCGCUCCAAGACCUGCAGCUACUGCAAACCAGUUUGUAUAUCAGUUUUAGUACAUUCAGAGGCCAAAACUAAGGCUUUGUUCACACUGCACACGAAUCCAAUUUGGUUUUUACAUCCCAGGUUUAGCACACAGUUAGGAGGCAGUUGCAAUAGUAGUGAUAUAAGCAUCAGCUUGAUGCAAAGAGGACAGUUAUCAUGACAUCUUGCCACGGUGCUGAACUCAUAAGAAGCGUGCGAGUGAUUAGCUCGUAUUAGCAAUUCUUAUAUUAACAUUCAUGCAUAUGCUGUGCCUGAAAUCACUUACUAUCAAUGACAUGAAUGUUAUGGAGCCAUAGGGACAUGGUGAAGGAAAAAUUAUAUUUCAGUGCUUUUAUGUUCUUUCUCCAAAACUUCCCUUGCAAAAAAAUUAGCUUCCUUAGGGACUUUGCAUUUUCUCACAAAACUGUUCUCAGAAAAUGUUUGCGUUCCCCUGAGAAAAUCUGCGUUAAACUUUUGCAUUCCCCCGAGGAGCGUUGCAUUUAUUUACUCAAAGAACUUUUGCGCUCCCCUGAGAAACAUUGCAUCUCUCGAAAAAAAGUUUAGUUUUUUUUUUGUGCAAAACAUUUGUACUUCCCACAAAACUUUUGUUUUCACCUAAGAAAUGUUGCUUUUUUUCACCGCAUUCUCUCACAAAACUUUGGCAUUGCCCUGAAAAACGUUGCAUUUUAUCAAAAAAAAAGAAAAAAAGUUUGCACUCCUAGUAAUGUUGCUUUUUUUCUCACUAUAUGUUUGCGUUCUUGCACAAAAAUUUGGUGUUCCCCUGAUAAAUUUUUUUUAUUCAGGUGACUAUAUUUAAAUGCUUUUCUGAGGGGAAGGCAAUGUUUUAUUUUUUGCCAAGAAAUAUAAUUUUUAUUUCCAUGUCUGGCGAAUGUCAUAUAAUUGAAUAUAAAAGUAAAAAUAAAAGAAAAAAGACAAAGAAUGUGACUUCUCGAAUGACCAAAAACAUCUUUCUGUAAUUGAAUCCGUGUCUUCAGACGAAUUAUAAUAGAUUUUCAAAUGGAAACACUGGAUUCCAAAAAUAAAUAAAUAAAAAUAAAUCGGAAUUUUACUGCCUGUCUGAACAAAGCCAAAGUCUAGCCCUCAGCAUAGGCACAGUUAACACUCCUUUCAGAAAAUGUAUUCUAUAGCACUGGCACAAAACUAAUGUCACAACAUGGUCAUCCACGGCAUCAUUCCCACACACACAAAAAUAAAAUGACUCUACACUUGACUUAGUAUGGAGUUUAGAUUUAAAUAAGCGAAUUUAAGAUCGCAAUCUCUUUAGGAUUGCAAAGUCUUUGCUGCUUAAAAGGUUGGACGAAGCAGUUGUACUUCUUAAAUGAUCCACAUUUGUAUUUCCAACGGAAAUGUUGAUCUCGAUCCUCGUUAUGUUGUCGCAGUUGGGGAUUUGCAUGAAGGUUUUGCUUCUAGACUUCAAUUUAGUUUUAGCUUCAGGGUUGACAGAGAUUAAAUCUAGUUCUGGACUUAAAAAAAUACAAUACUUUUAUUCAACUGCUAGGGUUUAAAGUUCAUUCAGCCCAAAAAGGCCUUGAUAUCAUUCAGUCACAGCUUGACUUUCAUUGACUGACCGCCGGUUUUACACAAAAACAUUUACAGAGAAGUAUUUAUAACACCAAUCUUCCUCAAUGUUCACCACUCAAGGUAGUCUGUGACAUAUAAAGGUGCAAAAGAAACUUUAAUAAUAUUACUGUAAAUGGUGCUGCUUUAUACUCUAAAAUGUAGAAGCCCCUCCUCUCCUUUCUGCACAGCACUAUAAACCACCUGUGGACUUUUUAAAGGGAGGUUUAACACGGUGUCUAAAUGCAUCUCGGAUUAUCACAUUUAUGGUCACUGGUUUGUUGAAAAGAAAUUCAUGUAUUUUAGGUUAGACAGUUAUGCUUUUAUAUAUAUCACAAUAUCACAGUCCAGCAUUUGCACAACAAUGUGCCCAUCUGCCUUGUCACUUUGUCACACAAACCCGGGUGUGCAAUAGGGGUCACUAUAAUGUAUUGUUGAAUUCAAAUACCAUAUUUUAAGUUGGGUGGCAACAACUCUGCUUUUUACUUUUCAUUUGGCUUUAGGUUCUUUAUUACCUUAAUUGUGGACUAAAUAAUAACCAACAGCAGCAUUAGAUUCAGUACCUUAUAUUUGUAAAUACAACAACAGCUAUUAAACAGCAGUUACUGUUUAUUUUUACUGGCACAAUGAUGAAUUUUACAACUGUGAUUCCGGGAUUUUUUCCCCCUGGUUCCAGGCAUAACUAUCCAGAGAUGGCAGUACUGUCUGUCCUUUUAGCAUAACCGCUGCUUAUAUUCAUAAGGCGUUAGAUAGCGGCAUAUAAGUCCUUGGCUUUUUAGCUAUUUCCUUUACCUGGCAGCCUUACAGCAUCUUAAGCAAAAAGCAUUGUGAAUGUACUGCCCUGCUCUUGCAAAAAAAAGAAAGAAAAAUGUUUAAAAAAUAAAAUAAAAGGGAAAAAAAUGAAAGAAGAAACAGAAGAAUAGAAGGAAUUGUCAAUAAAUGUAUCAGCUCGUUUUAAAAGUAAAAUCCAUCUCAUACAGGAAAAAGUCAAUUGCGUAAUGAUUAGUUUUAAUACAAGAAAGGGAUAGUUCAACCUAAAAUUAUUUACCAUCGUCUCCUUAUCUUGAUCUCCAUUGGUUAAUUCUCAUAUUGAGCACAAAAGGAGCUCUUUAGCGAAUAUCCAGGCAGCUUAUUUUUACAAAGUGGAAAAUGGUGCCAAUUACUGGCAAGAUUUAAUGGAAUAGUUCACCAAAAGUGAAAAUUACUCCAUAUUUUACUCACCCGAAUCCAUCCAAGAUAUAUAUAUAUAUAUAUAUAUAUAUAUAUAUAUAUAUAUAUAUAUAUAUAUAUAUAUAUAUGACUUUCUUCUUUCAGACGAACACAGUCAGAUUGUUCAAUGCUGGUGGAUAGCGGCCAUUGUUUUGAAGCUCUGUUAAUCGGAUAUAACCUAUAGGCCUUGGGGGGGAUUAUCCUUUGAAGCAGAUCGAUGGGUUUUUGUAACAAAAAUAUGUCUGUCGUACGUCAAGUCAGAAGUCAGCCAAGAAGCCGGAAAUCGGCACUCAGUCAGUUAUUAAUGUUAUAAUUUUAAAACAAGAAAUAUUUUUUAGCUACCAAAACCCAUCGAUGUGCUUCAGAGGACAUGUGAGGUUAAAGGUUAAUUUAGGCAUAAAGGUUAAUUUAACAUCACAGUAUUUGGCGGAUAUAUCUGAUUUACUUAGCUUCAAAAUCAUGGCCGCUAUUACCAAGCUUGGAAGAGCCAGGAUACAUUUAAAAAAAAAAACUCUGACUGUGUUCGUCUAAAUAAGAAAGUCAUAUAUAACUUUCGAUGGCUUUGGGGCAAGUAAAAUAUGGGGUAAUUUGCAUUUUUGGGGGAACUGUUCCUUUAAAAUCAAUGCAUAAAAAAACAGAUGGUAGGACUUAAGGCUGGGUCAUGAUAACUCAAUGCAAGGUCAAAAGAAGUCUGUAAAACAUCGUAUUAUGUAGUAAAUUAUUGCAUUUUAGGGUGAGCUAUCCCUUGAAGAAGUAAGAUACGUUGAGUGUGUAAUGCUGUGUUUUUACAUGCAGUAAUGGCUCAGUAUUGCUGUCUCAGUUCUUGUCUCAGUGUACUGAAAGCACUACAUACAGAAACAAAUAAUCAGCGCUUUACAAUUAGUCCAAAUAGUUUAAGAGGAAGUUAUCUAAACAUAUAUAACCGGUUAAUACAGAUUUUAAAAAAAAUAUAUAUAUAUAUUUGCUUGAGGUUCUUCUUCACGGCUGUUGUGUUUCUUUUCACGGCAACUGUAAGUCAGUGGGAAGAUAUUGACAUGCUACCAACUGCUGCUAAAUAUGUACACCGAGGUACAGUUAUCAUCUUGCACAUUUUAUAUGAAAAUAUAACAGCCCACAGGACGGUGUCUUUCUCAAUGAUUUGCAUAUUUGAGUCCAACUUAAGAGUACUUUACAACUAGGUCCCUUUUUCAGAGAAUCUUCCAGCCCUGUUUAAAAAGAUAUUGUCAUAAAAUAAUGUGUUCAGGCAGUGCUGACAAGUUGUGGCUAGAUGUAUCGCUGCUUGUGUAAAUGUAAAUAGUUGUAGAGUGCCAUCAGCUGACACAUGCCAUGUGUCUGUCUUUUUUUUUUUUUUUUUAAAGUAGAGAUCUAGAUAUUGGUGAUUAUAAAAGGUGGAAACAUCCAUAGGUGCCUUAUAAUCAGUGUUGGAGACUUAAAAUGAUUUGCAUGAGAUACGACUUAUGCAGAGGAAAUGUCGCUUAUGGUCAAAGACUGGCGAAACCCUGCAGAAUAUUAUUUUUUGUCAUGCAUUUCUGGUCAUCUGAUCACGUAGGGGCUCGAAAAUGUUAAAACAGAUGCAUGAUUGGUGGGAUCAUUGAUAUUUUGAUGAAGAUUUUUUGCUUAGAACAUUAUCUUGGAUUAUCGUGCGCAAAGUUGGGUUCUGUACUUCAUCAGGACUGUGUGAUAGUGUUGUGUUUAGUAUAUUAAUACCCAAUAUUUAUAGUGUUUUAUCAAUAUGGAAGUCUAAAGGUGCGGUCACAUUCAAAUUCAACAACUAUUCACAUGUGAAGUUGUAAAGAUGGUAAACUUGGACCUGCAAAUUCAAAUAGAAUAUAGACCUCAAAGCUACAUGGUUUCUAGUGCUAUGAAGGUGGAGUAGACUGAAUAUAUAGAAUACCUCGUUUAACAUUUUAAGAAGAUUAUGCUUUUUGGAAAAAUGUGCCUAUUUACAUUUUUGCUAAACUCUAAAAAUAUUGGGGCGCAGUAAUGGGGAAACGGUUAUGACUAUUUCAAGGGCCCUGAUUAAAUAUUUCAGAUUUCUAUCAAUGGAGGCCUCAGUAUUGCAGUAUAGUUUCUAAUCAAAAUUAACAACGUUUUCCCCCUUUUCACAAAAAUUAUGAUUAUCGGUACACAUUUUGAUGAUUCCAUCGCAUAACCAGCUUUUUACGGCUUUUCUUAGGUAGUAAAUGUCCUCGGUAGCGUACCCGGUAUAGCAUUUCAUGUUAUGAAUACGGAUUUCUUAAGACAAGUUCUGUAAAAGACAAGCCAAAAGUGGAUAAUUGAACAAAAAAUAUUCUAUAAAAAAUGUAUCUCAUGUUCGCUUUUGCAUUGGUUGUAGUAAUGUCUUACUGUGACAGAGAACUAACCAUUUUGUGCCACUUAAUAGACAUUUUCAGGAACAGUUUUCCAAUAAGCCCGGCUUGAUGACAUGUUAUUUAUGAUAAAUUAUUUAUUUAUUGCUAUGUGACAUUAUAUCCCGUUGCUCAUAUUCAUUGCACCGUAGUGUGGCCGCACCUUGAGACUGAGGAAAGUGUUAAAUGCAGGUAACUUCAGUUUUGAUCUAUAUCUGUCCUCUGUUAUGACGGACACAUGAGGGCUUCGCAUUGUUCAUCUCUACAAAUCAAUACACAGUAUCAGACUAAAUGCCAGUGUCCACCUCUCACAUGCUUACACACUCUACCAGACUUGCCAGAAUGUGCAAUAGUGUAUAAAUACAUGGCAGGCACAUGGUGUCAUUACCUCUUAGUGUGUGGUAUUAAUGGCAGGACACUACACUAGUGCUAGCAAAGUCUCUCUACUAGUGCUGAGUCUCUCUGCAAUCAGUUCAAGGCAAACAGAGCGAUUUGUCAUGCCUUUCUACUAUGCAGCAACUCUAGUCUGACUUUCUGAGUUUCAGAAGAGACGCAUAUUCACGGAAACUACAUGUUUUACCCAUUUUUUGUGAAUAGAUUUUAUUGAGGAAUAGCAAAGAAUGCCUUGCAACCCUGCUGAAAAGACGAUUUCGAGCUGGUAUGAUGCUGGUCUAGCUGGUGGACCAGCAUAGCUUUGCUGUUCACCAGGAAAAAUAAAUAAAUAAAUACUAGUGUGAUCUGUCUAGUGAAGCUGGUUGAUGUAGGUUGGCCAACAAAGGCAAAACGCAUGAACAACCUUUUUAUUUCCUAAAAAAAAAACUAUUUAGACUGUAAAUCUGGACGUUUAUACAAUUUGGCUCAGGUAUCCUCAGACUCAAAAAAAUAUAUUAUUUAAAGUAAAUUUCUAUCAGUUGCUGUAGUUACUAUAUUUACAGCUAUAUGUCAAUUCUAAUGGUUAAGCUAGUUAUAAAGGACACUUAUAACAUGCUGGUGACCAGCAACGCUUUAUUUUAUUUUUUUAACAUGGUUGCAGUUUAUUUAUUCACUACUUUCCCUGAAUAUAUUUCUUGCCUAUAAAAACAUGUUAUAAAGUUGUGGCCAGUGUGUGCACAGAUAUACAGUAAAGCCACAUCACGAACGCAUUGCAUUGCAUUACGAAAAAACAAAAACAAACAAACUGCGCUGCCACUUUCAGUUUACUGACGUACUGCAGGGAAGCCCUUUAAUCGGUUUUGUUAGUUUCCGAUUCUCCUCUUUGAGGGUCAGCUCCUCCAUAAUGCAAAGACGGCUAUUGUUCUAUGAACAAUGCUGUUAUUUCUUUUACUGAAAAUGUGAAACAAUGUAAACAACUGUUUAAAAACACACGGAGACAUUUGAGAGGUUAAAACUGGUGCUUUUGUCGAAGAGGUGUGUUGGAUUCAUAUAGGCACAGAUUGGUUUUACCAGGACAAUCAACAUGCAUAUACUCACACUCAUACAGAAACAAUAUGUUCAGUAGUGUAUAGGCAUCACUGUCUGCCCGCGAUUAUCUUUUUAAGAGAUAUAUAUAUAUAUAUAUAUAUAUAUAUAUAUAUAUAUAUAUAAUUAUAAAAAAAAAUUUAAGAUUAUACCCUUCAUAUACCCUAUCAGUUGUUGUACUCCAUGCUCCCUUUCAUUUGUCAGUUGUCCACCUAUUCAAGGCUUCUCUGCAAAGAAACCACAGUAUUAUAGGCAGUUGAAUCAGUCUUCAGCUGUAGAAUUUAGUACAGAUGUUUCGCUGCCUGUUCAGCAAUAACCUGAAGGGUUUUAUUGAUCAUGGCACAGACAAAAUUUCACAUCCUUUCGUUGGUGGAAAAAAAUAAUGAUUCUUUAGGAUGUUGAGGUCUGUCUGUGAUGCUCCGUUGACUUUUCAGAGCGCGAAGUGGGAUUCAGGGCAGUUUUUGGUCUCAAAGGUUAACCAUAACCCCAGUAUGAAAAUAUUUUGGUCUUAGUUUCUCAUGACUAAUUCGUCAAGGGGGAGGGAUUUUCUUGUUUUUGUUUUGUUUUCCAGCACAUCUGAUGUAAUGUGGUUUGAGACCUCUCAUAAAUGGGCUAUUAACAGUGAGUUUUUGAGAAUGGUUUGGCUUCAAACACGUUUUGAAUCAUUAAAUAUAUCAAUAAUAAGGAUGAAUCUAAUGCCAAAUAUACAUUAUUUAUUUAAAGAAAAAUACAUAUAUUGUUAAAUAAAUAUAUGCUUAAUUUAAUUCUUUUUUUUUUUUUUUUUGCUCUAACCCAUGUUUAUUUGAACUUUGUCAAGAUUAUUUUAUAGAGCUAUGACAGCAUGCAGGAUCGUAAAAGAAAAAAAAACUGAAUGUAUGAUUUGAUGUUUCAUUGCUGUUAGUUGUUUUGGCAUUUUACAAAUAGUUUGGUAUUUGUAAGAAUAAUUUGCUUUUUUAUUUCUAAUUUAUUGAGUCAUAUUCACAUAUCUAAAUAUGAAAUGUUGGGUUUUUUGCAGAUGAGGAUUUUAUGAAGGGUUUGGUCCUUCUCUGCUUUAGUUUUGCUUCGGUAUUUUGCCUAAUUUCAGAUUUGAUCAAUCUGCCUCUUUGAAUAACUGAAUAUUAAGUAUGAUCAUUUGUUGUACAUAGAACUACUAUUAAACUUUUUUGAAGAAAAGAAA